AUGCGAUACAGCACGCUCAUCCUACCUGCGGUGACCAUCGCGCUUACAUCUGCACUCCCCACAGAUCCGACUAACUUCUUCCUCGUCACAACUACCCAACUCGAUCCCAGUGCGAAUUCCUCUCAACUCAAAGCCGUUUCCGCAACUUCUCUCUUCGACCCCUUUAAACAACCAGCCCUAGUCCUCCGCCUUGAACAACCUGGUUACAACUCCCUGCCCAACUUCACACUCUCUAGCGGCACGCUCUCCACAAACGCCCAGGGCCCAUUUGGCAGCACAAGGUACAUCUACAACAGUACCAUGGUCACCGCGGGAUCUGAAUUGCAAUUCCUGGCAUCAAUGCAGUCAAAGGGCAACAUGGCGCUGGGCCAGGGGUACUUACUGACUGUGGAUGGGGAGAGGGAAGGGUGGACAGUGUGUGAAGGGGAUUUGCGCGAGGAUGUGUUGUUUUGGAAGGGGAAAGGGGAGAGUUGUGUGGGCACAUAUUUGCAUGCUGUCAGGAAACCGCCAUAUUGA